UGUUCGUGUGAUUUCGGUAAAUUUUUUCCCCAUCAUUCAAUGACAAUUUUGCAACCAAAAUAAACCUACAUAAAUUGCAUUCCUCGGCCAAGGGUAGAGCGUGAAUUAUGUUUAUCGCGGUCUAAUUGAUCCACCUGAUCGGCCGAUUGCACAAUAGAGGUGAUAUUUGUGCUUUGAAAUGAGCUACGACGUGCUAGUGAGACCACCAAGAUCGAGAUCUGCAGUUCCGGGAGCCUCAUCGGCGUCCCCAGAGUCCUCGGGGGCACGCGAUGGCAGUAAAUCCAGUGCUAGCACUCCACGGAAGACCCAAUCAUCGAGAUUUAUGGCAGCAUUCACUCAAUUCUACGGAGCUGACGGGGAACCAUCCACAAGUCCUCAGGAUGCAGAAACUGGAGCUGAGCUGCGAGGGAAGGUGGAGUCGAAGUUGAUGUCCAUGUGGAAUAAUGUCAAGUACGGCUGGAGUGGGAAGAUGAAGGCAAACUUCUCAAAGGAGCAACCAAUUUGGCUCCUUGGCAGAUGCUAUCACAGAAAGUUUUCUCCCCCGCCUUCCAUGGAAUCCUCAAUGGAGCUCAAUCCCGCCACAAUGGAAGCCAGGUAUGUUGACGGAGAGCACCUGGAGGAUGUGGUAGAAGGUUUAGAUCCCGAGGGAGUACAUGAACUUGGCACAGACGUUGUGGAUGAUCAGAAUGCAGAUAAUUCGUGGGAGGAGGAAGGCAUUGAUGCCUUCAAGAGGGACUUUAUGAGUCGCCUCUGGAUGACCUAUCGCCGGGAAUUUCCAGCCAUGAACGGUGGCCAAUUCACAUCAGACUGCGGCUGGGGCUGUAUGCUGCGAAGUGGACAGAUGAUGCUGGCCCAGGGACUGAUUUGCCACUUCCUAGGGCGCAACUGGCGCUGGGAUCCGGAAACUCAACUCUACACAACGCACGAAGACAAUCUCCACCGGAAAAUUGUCAAGUGGUUCGCAGACAUAAGUUCCAGGAACAGUCCCUUCUCCAUUCACACUCUCGUUCAACUUGGUCAGGAUUCGGGCAAGAAGCCCGGUGACUGGUAUGCUCCCGGAGCCGUGGCGCAUCUCCUGCGGCAAGCAAUGCUCCUGGCCAGCAAAGAAAAUGCAGAUCUCGAUGGGAUUCAUGUGCACGUGGCGCAGGAUUGCACAGUCUACAUUCAGGACAUCCUCGAUGAGUGUCUCAUCCCAGCCAAUGAUGGCAGAUCUCUAGCUCCCUGGCAUCGGAGGCACUCUCCCUCACGAGGAAAACUUAGUGAGAACCCAGAAAAAAGUAUCUGGAAAGCCCUAAUUCUUCUUGUUCCUCUUCGACUUGGUGCUGAGAAGCUCAAUACAAUUUACGGAAAUAGUCUGAAGGCUUUAUUAAGCCUUGAGGCGUCCAUUGGGAUCAUCGGUGGACGUCCCAAGCAUUCCCUCUAUUUUGUUGGGCAUCAGGAAGAAAAAUUGAUUUACUUGGACCCACAUUACUGUCAGGAAAUGGUUGAUGUGAAUCAGGAGAAUUUUCCUGUGCACAGCUUUCACUGCAAAUCCCCACGAAAAAUGAAGAUCUCGAAAAUGGAUCCGAGCUGCUGUGUAGGAUUCUAUUGUCCGACAAAGAGUGACUUUGAUCAUUUUAUUGCAUCUGUUCAGCCGUAUCUGAUGCCACUGAGAUCUCCAACGAGCAGAGAUAGAAUUCAGACGGGGAAUCAGAUGACAGAAGUAAAUUAUCCAAUGUUUGUCUUUUGUCGUGGAAAGAGAUGCGAUCAGGAGGCAGAUCUCUCCCAUCUUGUCUACAGUCACACUAAUUCUAUAAAUUCCUCCUCGUCUGCAGCAGCGACGGACGAUGAUGAUGACGAUGAGGAUGAAUUUGUCAUCAUCUGAAUCAUUCCUCUGUGCAAAUUAUUUAUUUAUUUUUUUGUUUCCCCCCAUUUUGGUAAGUACACACGAAUACACAUUUCCUCUCAUUUAUAAUAUUGUACAUACAUAAAAAUUACCUGAGAAUAUCGCCUGAUUUUUGGCGAAAUCAUUUGUGCAAAAAUCACGUGGAUUUGUGCAUUUUUGGGGACCAUGCGAUGUAAACGUUCCCCCGAAAGUUCCCCUCGAACAAAAUAUAAUUUUGUGAUUUUUUUGUGCUUAUUUUAGGACAUGUUGUACUUAUAUAUUUCUCAAUAUAUGCAUCAUACAAUGCCUCGA